CUAAUUGAAGUUCUGACCCACUCCGCUGCGUUACCGGGCUAUCAGAUUCAACAACUGCUUGGCUGUAAAGCGCAGCAACCAUCGGAGAAGAUAACAAGACCCGAACUGUAACCGAUUCCGCAAAGCCUACGGAAUACAGCUUGGCUUUUGGCAGUUUCACGGCGGCCAUCCACACAACGCGAUCUGAAGCUCAACCGCGCCUUGACCCAUCCACAUACUGUUCACAAACCCGCUGGAAGACUUGCAAGGUUCGAGGAAGUCAUACCCUCGUUAGUGCUGCAGAUGCCGUUGCCCGAGUCAGCCGAGUGGGAGCUUCCCAGGCUGCGUGCUUCCUUCAUCUUCCAGGACGACUGCAAGUACCUUUCCAAGGACCAGGUAGCAAGCCAAGACCUGGCCGAGUUCUUCGACGUCAAGUUCUACCCCUACAACCCUCCGGGCGCCCCUCCAAUAUUUGCGGCAACAAGCAAGAAGCAUGCGGUGAUCUGCCGGUUGACACAAACAACGGACAAAGACACGAAUCCGUGCGAGAUAAUACAACUUAUCCGGGACGAGAGCGACGCCGCGAACUGCGCCAGCUGCUGGUCGAAGGACCCAGUCACGCAUGAAGCGUGGCUCUGCGUCGCCGGCAACGAUUACAACAUCAAAGUGUACAAUGUGAAGCAGGGGAAGCUGGUCAGGACACUUGUCGGCCAUGGCGGAGGCAUCAACGAUCUCGCUACCUCUCCUGAUAACCCGCUGAUCAUAGCCUCGGCAUCCGACGACACAACCAUCAGAAUAUGGAGCCUGGCAGCCGCCCACGAGAAGCAGUCCUGCGUCUGCAUCCUCGGCGGUGAAGGUCAUUCAUACGACUUGCUGAGUGUAGCGUUCCAUAACAAUGGUCGUUAUGUGCUUUCCGCAGGCCACGACCAAGUCAUCAACCUCUGGGCUCUUCCAGAAUUCCCUUCGGGACACGUCGACGUACCCAUUGUGAUUCACUAUCCGCAUUUCUCCUCUUCUGAAAUCCACCACAACCUCGUAGACUGCGUAGCCUUCUACGGCGACCUGAUCCUUUCGCGGGCCUGCCACGAAGACACGAUCGUGCUCUGGCAGAUCGAGGGCUUCUCGUCGGCGGACCCGAUCCCGGACCCGCUGGACGCGCCGACGCCGACCGACAUGGCCAAGCAGACGCGGUCCUACUUCGCGCCGACGCUGUCGCCGUCGUCGCGCCCGGCCAUGUUCACGCGCCUGGCCCAGUUCCACACGCCCGACUGCGGCGUGCAGUUCUUCAUGCGCUUCCGCGUCUUCCACGCCCCCGGCAAGCACCCCAUCCUGGCCUUCGCCAACGCCAAGUCGCGCACCUUCUUCUGGGACCUCGCCCGCUUCGGCUCCUACCGCGCCUACAUGGCCGACCUGAAGGAGGCGCAGCAGCGCGCCAGCCGGCAGCCGCUCGCGGGGGCGGACGCCGCCGCUGCCGUGCCGAAGCCGUCCUGGCUGGUGGUCAAGCGCGGGAAGAAGACGCCCGCCGGCGCCACCGCCUCCGCCGCGACUUCCCAGGCGGCAGCGGCGGGGGACGGCACGGCGAGCCUGCGGUCGCUCUCGUUUGCCGUCGGCGGCGACAAGGAGUCGAUGGUCUCGGCCAGCCCGGACCCGGAGAGCGCGGCCGUGCUGGGCGGCUACACGCGCGAGACGCUGCAGGCGUGGGCCGAGAUGUACGACCUGUCGAACCCGGUGGGCUACGUCAAGGCGCACCGCACGCUGCAGAUCGACGGCGGGUUCGUCGGCAGGCAGGUCGGCUGGAGCCCCGAGGGCGAGUGGUGCGUCGUGGUCGGGAACGGGAACCGCGCGCUCAUCUACCAGCGCUGGGGCAAGGAGAAGGGGAUUGCCAUGCAAGUGGGCUGAAAUGUCUUGUUCUAGUUUGGUUCUGUAGUCGU